GACCACCACAUCAUAUCUGUUUUCUUCUGCGGCUGCCACAAAACUACUCUUCUUCCUUUCCCUCUGCUCACUGAGGCUCUGCGAUAGGGUUUUAGUGAAUCCGAUGGCUUCCAAUUCAGAGAAGAAACCUUCUCCUUCAGGUGAGAAAAUCGAUUCGAAGGAGGUGAGGGAUUCAACGGCCUCAGGGAGUCCACCUUCAUCAGCUCAGCCCAACCCUUUCAAUGCUUUUGAUUUCUCUAAUAUGUCCAGUUUGCUCAACGAUCCAAGCAUCCAACAAUUGGCUGAGCAAAUAUCUCAGGAUCCUGCAUUCAACCAGUUGGCGGAGCAGCUGCAGAAAUCCUUUAGUAACACCCCAUCAGAUGAUAGCAUUCCUCAGAUUGAUCCGCAGCAGUAUUACGCCACGAUGACACAAGUUAUGGAGAAUCCUGGCUUUAAGACGAUGGCGGAACGUCUUGGUAAUGCCUUGCUGCAGGAGCCAUCAAUGUCUCAUUUGGUUGAGAAUUUAACAAACCCCGAAACAACGGAGCAGUUUGCCGAGCGGAUGGCGCGUAUGAAAGAAGAUCCGUCCUUGAAACCUAUGCUAGAUGAGAUUGAGGCUGGAGGCCCUUCUGCUAUGAUGAAGUACUGGAAUGAUAAAGAUGUGCUGAAGAAGCUCGGUGAAGCGAUGGGUAUGGCGGUUCCUGUGGACCAGCCUGCUUCAUCUGAAACUGAAGGUGCCGACGAAGGGGAAGAAGAGGAAUCUAUUGUUCAUCAUACUGCUAGUCUGGGAGAUGUUGAGGGUUUGAAGAAUGCUUUAGCAUCUGGUUGUGAUAAAGAUGAAGAAGAUUCUGAGGGAAGGACAGCAUUGCAUUUUUCAUGUGGAUAUGGUGAGGUGAAAUGUGCUCAGGUUCUUCUCGAUGCUGGAGCAAAUGUUAAUGCGGUUGACAAGAAUAAGAACACACCUCUCCAUUAUGCCGCUGGGUAUGGAAGGAAAGAGUGUGUAAGCCUUCUCCUCGAGAACGGGGCUGCAGUGACCUUACAAAACAUGGACGGGAAAACCCCCAUCGAUGUGGCUAAGCUCAACAACCAGCACGAUGUGGUGAAGCUUCUCGAGAAGGACGCAUUCCUGUGAACUCAGGCCGUCCUUUACAAAUGCUUUCGUUCUCGUGAGCGAAUAGAAGAUCGGAAACAUCUGAUGGAAGGUGCUUUCGUCCUGUUUCAAAGGGCCAUGAAUCAUCAUCUUCUGAUUGUUGCAUACUUUGUUCUUUUUGGGGUCCGCUGUUGUUUUGUCUCUGCAGAUAUUUUAACCGAAUUGUAGGGUUUGAACCAGACUUCGAACUGAGAAAGGGUCGAAUGUGGGUUUGAUACGGAAAACGGAUAUUAAAAAUUAAAUGGGUACCUAGUCUCGAAUUUCCAUCAA